AUAGCUAAGUUGGCAACAGUGUUUACAAAGUCAACUGUUGUUUUGUUGGUCAAAUUAGUUGUUGCUUGGACGUUAUUCCCCAAUAAAAGACAAUGGGACUUAAAGGCUGCGAGGUGCUACUGGAUAAUCCAUGGAACACUUACUACGCUGGACAAACAGUCAACGGGCAAGUCAAAAUUACUUUUGAUUCUCCGAAAAAAGUGCGAGGCAUUAUCAUACGAUUCUUGGGCGAAUCAAACACUGGAUGGACCGAGGAGCGCAACGUAACGAAAGGUGAAGGCAAGACUGAAAACGAGAUCACACAUUUUAAGGGAAAUGAGGAGUAUUUUAAGAUACAAUAUUAUCUACUUGGCGGCAAGAACAGUUCAGAAACCGAGCUGCCAGCAGGGACUCACACGUAUCCGUUUACGUGUGCCUUGCCCGCCACUUUGCCGUCAUCAUUUGAGGGAGAAUUUGGUCAUGUGCGCUAUACGAUCAAAGUAACCCUGGAUAGGCCAUGGAAAUUCGAUCAGGAUAUGAAAAUGGCCUUUACGGUCAUAGCACCUGUUGACUUGAAUCUCAAUCCACGUGUCAAGGAGCCAUUUAAGCUAGAAUUGGAAAAGUCAUUUUGUUGCUUUUGUUGUCGUUCGGGGCCGCUCACUAUCAUUACACGCAUUCCUCAAACUGGUUAUGUUUCGGGCCAAAUGUUGCCCAUAACCUGUGAGGUUGACAACACAAGUAAUGUGAAUCUCACCGCGGUUAAAUUUGAAUUACGUAAACUUGUCACGUUCCGCGUUAAUCAACCACACAGUGAAAAACGCGAGUCCAAAGUUAUAAUUGCACAAGUGAGCAUUGGACCCGUAAAUGCCGGAGAAUCUCGUACAUUUACGGAGCAAAUGGAAAUACCUGCACUACCUCCAACUAAUUUAGUCAACUGUGGCAUCAUUUCACUGGACUAUGAUUUGCAUGUGGAGUGCGAUGUUAGUGGACCACAUCGUAAUCUCACUGGUAAAGUGCCAAUUACCUUGGGCACAAUACCGUUAGCUGUUAUGAGGCUACAAUCGGAUGAUCCUUCAAUGGCACCCACACAGCCAGUUAGUCCAGUCAGUCCGCCUGGCGAUGCUGGGUUAGGUGGGGCUCUUGGCUGGAAUGUCGCCGAUAGUGCAGGCGGCUCAAUCUACCCCAAUAUACCGCCACCUCAAUUCGUUGAAACGCAAUAUCGAACGCCUAACAUAACCAAUCGCGAUGAUUCGGAACACACCCAGAUUAUUGGAGAUGGUGCAUUUGCUCCGCGUUAUCCAACUUUUCAAUUUAAGAAUGCUACAGCUCCAGCUUCCAGUCCUUAAUUAAAAUCUUAAUUAACUAAAGGGCUUUAAAUUUUUUGUUCUAUGCUAUAUUCUUAAUUUUUUUUCUCUUAUUGGGAUUUUUGCUUUUAGGCUUUCCGUCCAAAAGAAAGCAUGCGUAUAUUAAUCAGCACAAAUAUACUGUUAGUCAAUUUUGUAAUCUCAAUUACUACGCUCAAAUAUACCUUUUGCUUAUAAGAAAUUGUACGUUAUUACUUAAUAAAAGCAUAAAAACCA